AUGAUCCAUAAAUCUAUAAGCCCAUCAGCACCACCAACAUCUCGUCCAACUGGCUCCUCCCACGGCUAUCGUCUCGACCAAUCACGCGACGACAACAUACAACAAGCCGCACCCCUUUCAUUGAUCUCACCCUACGAUCAUCCCAUUGAAAUCAAGCAGGACUCGUUGGAAAAAAGACAUGAAAAGGAAUCAAAGAAGCAACGACGCAACCGCACUACUUUCACUACAUUUCAACUGCAUGAAUUGGAGCAAGCAUUUGAACAAAGUCACUAUCCCGAUGUCUACGCUCGUGAGCAACUCGCUAAUAAAGUGAAACUGCCAGAAGUCCGUGUGCAGGUUUGGUUUCAAAACCGCCGUGCAAAAUUCCGGCGACAAGAGAAACAGGACAAUCCUAUUGCUGAGAUGCCUCCUGUGAAGCAGGGUCAGAUCCCAUCAUGGUCCUGGAUGGCUCAACAAUCAAACAACAAUAGCAAUGAGGAAUUUCCACCUCCGUUCACAUCAUUCGACCAAAAACCUUUUUUUGCUGAUCUCAAACCCUCAUUUAUGAGCUAUAUGCCAUACCAACCAUUUCCAAGUGGAGGCUUUAGCACGGGUCUCGCACCAGUCGGUCUACCGAAUGGACUUCCCACGCCAACCGGUUUUCACCAAAGCGCACCGCCAUUCCAGGUGCUACCGUAUUCCACAGAAAAUCAUCAAUUAGACCAUCACCUAGAUUCGUUUCCAAAUUUGGCUUAG